AUGAGGAUAUCCACCCUACGAAGUGCCAACUUGAGUUUCUCUACUUUCCUGCUGACAGGCUUCCCAGGCCUGGAAUGGGCUCACCACUGGAUCUCACUGCCCCUUUUUGUAGGAUACCUCAUGGCCCUCCUGGAUAAUGCCGCCAUCUUGCAUCUGGUACGAACUGACCCUUCCCUCCACCAGCCCAUGUACUACUUCCUGGCCAUGCUGGCUGUGACAGACUUGGGCCUAUGCAUGUCCACGUUGCCCGCAGUGCUGGGUGUGCUGUGGUUUGAUGCCCGGAUGGUGGGCCUGGUGCCCUGUGUUCUGUAGCAGUACUUCCUACACUCCUUCUCCUUCACGGAGUCAGCCGUGCUCUUUGCGAUGGCUCUGGACCUCCUGGUGGCCAUCCGAUUCCCACUGCGCUACGCAUCUGUGCUCACAGGUCCUCAUGUGGCAUUGGCCGUGGUUGUGCUGGGCAUGCGGAGUGCCGUCAUCACUGCUGCACCCUCAUUGCAUUACCUGAAAUUUGACAUCUGUCAUCCUGGGGCAUUGUCCCAUGCUUACUGCCUUCACCAGGACACAAUCUGCCUGGCCUGCUCUGACACACAUUUCAACAGACUCUAUGGGCUGUGCAUCAUCAUGCUGGCCAUGGGCUCUGACGUCCUUUUCAUCCUGCUCUUCUAUACUGUCAUCCUUCACACCGUGUUGGCCAUCGCCUCUGCAGGGGAGAGGCUCAAGGCCCUCAACACCUGCAUCUCCCACAUCCUGGCUGUGCUCUGCUUCUGUGUGCCUGGGCUAGGACUGUCCAUUGUGCACAGAUUUGGGCGCCACCCCUCGCCCCUGGUGCACAUCCUCGUGGGCACUGUCUCUGUGCUCUUCCUGCCGCUGAUGAACCCUGUCAUCUAUAGCAUCAAGACCCAGCAAAUCCGAAGGGCCGUCUUCAAAGUGGUUUCACUGGGGAAGACGCAAUGA